AUGUCCAGCUCCCUCCCCCCACUCGCAACCCUGACGUCAGAGCCCCAAAACCGCCAAUUCCAAGUGCUGGACACCCUCUUCGAGCCAUCGCCCGAACUGCACACCCUCAUGGCGCCCGUCCUCGCACACCAGACCUUCGACAGCUACGCGAGACUAAUCGACGCCGUCGGCGGCCGCAUGUCGGCCCUGUCCGCGGCCGACUCCUCCAAGGACCGCGAGAUCCUGCACGGGAUCCUGGGCUCACAUCCCCGGCUGGGACAGCCCAAGGCCGGCCCGACGGAGCAUCUGAGCGAGCUCAGCAGGAAGGAGCAAGCGCAGCUGAACACGGGGGCGGAGGAGCAGGCGGAGCGACUGCGGGCCUUGAAUGCCGAGUACGAGAAGAAGUUUCCGGGGUUGCGGUUUGUAACAUUUGUCAAUGGGAGGGAUAGGGGUGUGAUUAUGGAGGAGAUGCGGAAGAGGAUUGAUAGAGGGGAUGCCGAGGUGGAGGUUGAGGAGACUAUUCAGGCGAUGUGUGAUAUUGCGAAAGAUCGGGCGCGGAAGUUGGAGUAG